AUGUCCACACCUGUCCUAUCUCCACGCCCGCGCGGUUCUUCACACACCUCUUCUCGCCCACGGGGCUCGGGAUCGACGCCAAUGACAAGACCAACUAACUCUCUACACCCGACCAAUGCCCUCCCUCCCCUCACUCCCCGCAUGAAUGGAGUAGCAAAGACCCCCAGCCAUGUGGCGUCGCAAAAGCCAAAAGAACCCUCGACCCCCUCGCCCAACUACUUUGGCCUUGCCAUAGGCAACACCGACCAUUUCUCGUCCAGCGCUGCCCAGCACAUCCGCGGCAAUUGGAGUCCUCCCAAUUCCAAUGUGCGCUCCGCCGCCGCCGCCUCCCCGAGGAUCAUACCUGUCGAGCAGAACCCCGAAUUCGAGCAGUUCAAGAAACAGUCGGAAAACAACCGGUCCUUUGCCCUCGGCAGCUUUGAUUUCGCGUCGCCCGGUCUCAAGGCAGUGUCUAGGAGUCCCUUCUUCAAAAACAUUGAUUUCACACAGUCAAUGCAUCCACGCGACCCCUCGGACAAGAGCGACACCAGCGACGACCAAGAUUUGUCACCCAAGCCGCGCUCGCCCAAGCGCAUGUUGUCCGACGAGUCGUCCCUGUUCCCUGACCGACCGCGCCGCAAUUCGCCAGCCAGUUUUGACGGUCCUGGACGCUCGGAUGCCGUAGCACAAUUCGCUGAGCCGCGCAUGCCACGGCCCUCGUUGCCUCCCAAACACUCGCACACGCUGCACUUUUCAAAGUCGAAUCGUGCCGAGACACUGCCCGCAAACUUUGACGAAGAGACGGGCCACGAAGGCCCUGCCAUGGUGACGCCCCAGCACGUGCUCAACAUAUUACAGUCCUCGGUCGAAGAAGUCCUCUUGCUGGAUCUACGCGUCUCCACACAAUAUGCAAAGGCCCGCAUAACCGGCGCGCUGAGUUUAUGCAUCCCCACGACCCUGCUCAAGCGUGCAUCGUUCAACGUCCAGAAGCUUGCCGAGACGUUCAAGGAAGACGAGCAGAGGGAAAGAUUCGAGCGCUGGCGAAGCAGCAAAUACAUCAUCGUGUACGACGCCAGUUCCUCGCAACUCAAGGAUGCAACGGCUUGCAUCAACACACUCAAAAAGUUCACAAACGAGGGAUGGACAGGCGCCACAUACAUCAUCCGCGGAGGUUUCCAGGAAUUCUCGGCAAAAUUCCCAUCGUGGAUCUCAUCCCAAGGCUCAGGAAGCCCCACGUCUGGCACGGCUGCCCUUAGCCUCAAUUCUGAUCUACCGUCUGUUGCGCCUGUCAUCGGUGGCUGCCCCAUGCCCGCAACACAGAAUGCAGCAAAUCCCUUCUUUGGCAACAUUCGCCAAAACAUGGACCUCAUUGGCGGCGUCGGCCAGAUGCCCCUGAAGCUGCCUGCCGGCAUGACGCAGUCUGUUCAAGAAGACCUUCCAAAGUGGCUCCAGGCCGCCUCGAGGCCGCAAGACAAGGGCAAGACGGUAGCCGAGCGUUUCCUGCAGAUUGAAAAGCGGGAGCAGAAGCGCAUGCAAAAGGCACUGUCUGGCGAAGUCGUCUAUGACGCCCCAUCGUCGUCAGGAAUGAGCCCGUCUGAACAUAUUCAGAUUGCGGGUAUCGAAAAGGGGUCAAAGAACCGCUACAACAACAUCUGGCCAUACGAACACACGCGCGUCAAGCUUCAAGGAGUAGCAGAGGGAGGCUGCGAUUAUGUCAACGCCAACUAUGUCCAAGCUGCAUAUUCAAACAAGCGUUACAUUGCCACGCAGGGUCCCAUCCCGGCUACCUUCAAAGACUUUUGGAACGUGGUAUGGCAGCAGGAUGUUCGCGUCAUCGUCAUGCUUACCGCUGAGAAAGAAGGCGGACAACUCAAGGCGCACAACUACUGGUCGGACAAGCAAUACGGACAUCUUCGCCUCAACAGCAUCAGCGAGCACAAGGCAUCGCUGGAGCCGUCCAAGAUCCACCGUCACCGCGAACAAUCAAGACCCACAAUGGGCCAGCGCAGGUCAACAAACCCACCAAGGCUUGCCCAAUAUGCCAAAGAAGCAACUGCCGCAGCGUCGACAAACCAGGAGCAGCCAUAUGUGACUGUCCGCAAGUUUACGCUUUCCAACGACGAGGAGCCGUUUGCGCGUAUGCGCGAGAUUACUCAGCUUCAAUAUUCUCAUUGGCCUGAUUUUGGUGCACCAGCCCAUCCCACACAUCUCUUGGGUCUGAUUGAGCAGACUGAUGCAGUCGUGCGCUCGGUCAACGGUGGUUCGCCGUCGCAGCCCGACCCGCCUAAUACACGGCCAGUCAUCGUACACUGCUCUGCCGGAUGCGGCCGUACCGGCACCUUCUGCACCGUGGAUUCCGUGCUGGACAUGCUUAAGCGACAGCGACAAGCUCUCUACGUGAGGCAGACGAGGCCGACAGACGACAAAUCAUCAAACAAGGAACAAGACGACGAUUGGGUGAACAACGAGGAGAUUGAUCUGAUUGCCAAGACGGUAGAGGAUUUCCGCCUGCAGCGCCUCAGCAUGGUGCAGAGUCUGCGCCAGUUUGUGCUAUGCUACGAGAGCGUCAUGGAGUGGCUCGUCGAACAACACCCAAAGUCCGCGUAGAUCGCGGCACCACCAGCCAUGUCUUUGUGUGAUGGAAACACAGUUUUACCCACAAUUAUGAUAUGGACAUGAGAGACGAAUUUGUUAAUGAAGACAACAACACAACAUCAACAACAACAACAUAACCAUGGAAUCGGGGCAAUGGGCGGCGCAUGCAUCUUGGCCGGUGCAAAGGCUCAUUGGGAUGGCGUUUUUUUUUCUUUCUGCGUUUUCUUUUUACUUGUUCUCUUGUUACCCUUGUUCUUUUUUUGUCUUGUCUUGUCUUGCAUUAAUGCAUUACAUUGCUUGGUUAGAAAGUACAUAACAUUUUCCGGGAAAGGGGGGGUUGGGUUACAUGUGCAUUGGGAUGGGUGUCAGGGCGUUUAUUGUUGAUGAUGAUGAUGUUGUUGCUUUCUUUUUUUCUUUCUCUACAUUGCACAUUGC